UUCAAAAAUACACGCGCAUUAUUUAUAAUUUAAAUAAAUAAUUAUAUAUUUAUAUUUUUUACGACACCGUUUCAAACACAAGAAUGUGGGAACAGUUCAUAAAGUGCUUCAAUAAAGGCGGCAAGGCCAAAGGCUGCAAUGCAGUCGAGCUAGUCGAUCUAUAUAAGCGGGUGCCGCCCAAUCAGCGCAAACAGUUCAAGGCGUUUGCCAAGAAGAAUGAAGAAUACAAAGAGCGCCUUCGAAAAUAUCCACCUGAUUUGCCGGCAAUCGAUUGGGCGUACUAUAAGCAGAAUGUGCGGCAAGAUAUGGUCAGUUGGGUGUUGGAUUUCGAGAAGAAAUACGACAAGCUGGAUAGCAUUUUUACUAACCGCCAUUCCCUGUUUGAUCAUUCCAAGUACUUUGGAGAGGUGACUGAGCAAGCUGAGGAGGUCAGGAAGGAAGUCAAAAAGUUCAAGGCGGAAUCGAACAAGCGCAUCGAGGUGCUGGAGGAAAAGAUGGAGCACUUGAAAUGCAUGAAGCCCUACACGGAAAUGACCAUGGAGGAGUUUUGUCUAGCACAUCCACAAGAGGCACCCGACUUUAUAAACAGACCCACCUUUUGGCCACAUACACCCGAAGAACAGAAGCCCGGGCCAUCGGAAGAGGUGGCGCAUGAAGAUGCACCAAAGGAGCCUGAUGGAUCAGGCAAGCCUACGUCAAAAGAUGAUAAAUCAGAUCCUAAAAAAACACCGCCGCCAAAAACACCGCCAGCCGGAUCUGCACCCGCAGCUGGUGAUAAGCCCCAAGCUCCAGCUGAAGCAAAAAAGGACGCCGCAAAGGAUACAAAGGAUAAAACGAAGGAUACAACGGAUAAAUCGAAGGAUCCAUGCAAACCAGAAAAAAAAGAAAAACUUGCCGAUGGAAACGUCAAAGUUCAGCAAAACACUGAAAGCCAGGCGGUGGAGGCUGCCGCACAAUUUGCAACAAAGACUAUCGAUUUUGCCAAAGAAUUGGCCGCAAAGGCUGUUACCAUGUGUAAGAGUCUCUGGCAGAAAAUCGAAGAGAAAAGAAAGGAGCCUGCAAAGGAAUCUGAUCAAAAGAACGCCGCUAAAUUGGCAUCCAGUACGGCGGGAAAACCGACACCUGUCGAUGAUGACGAUAUUCAACUGAGGGAGACCGCAUCCAACAUAUGCAACAAGACAAUAAUCCGAGGAGAGGAUACAGCAAGAGCUGAUGUAAAGCCGCAACAUGUCGAUUUGGAUAUCGAGGCGGAUCCGGAACGAGAUGAGGAUAAGCCUUCUAAGCGAGGUGAUAAAGGGGGAAAAGUUUGUAAGUCAGAACAUGAGGAUGCGGAGGAGGAAGAGUGCCAACUAGCUAAGAAAAGCUGUCCGGAGGAAGAGAAAAAGUCGUUAUGCAUUGAAGACAUUAAGAAAGAUUUGGGUGAAUGUGAGCAGCAAGAGGAAGAUCCUUGCGUUCAUUGGCGCAAGAUCACAGAGAAGAAAUCAACAGAAAAACCCGAAUCCUGUGAGCCAACCGACUUCAACAAACUGGACAUCACAUACAGCAGCACGGAUACGAAAAGUUUGUUACCCGUUAACCAGCUGCCUUUUGAUGCACAGACAAUCGGAAAUAUAUUGCCGAAUCGCAAGGUAGCAGAGGCCGAUCAGUUGCCCAAAAAGGGAACUGAAAAGCCGCCAACCAUUUCAGAACAUCUAAAAGACUCUGUAGAUCCCAGGCAAGCGCUGCAACUGGUAACAGCUGACCCGAUUAAUCCAGUUAACCUUAAUGUUCAAGCUCCCCAAAUCGUAAAUGAGCCGAAAGCAGAAAAAACGGAGGAGAAUAUUCCUCAAGGGACCAGUUCAGCAGUGCAGAUGAAAUCGGAGGAAGAUAUGGACAAUAUGCAGGCCAAUCAAGACACGAAUGAGCCCGUCCAGGGUGUGACGUCCACAACGAUUUGCCUGUCGGAUGUUCAACCUGUUAUAACCAGUUUCAAGAACGAUCUACCAGAAUCGGGCCAAGAUAAACCAAAUAAAAUGAAUCCAGAAGAUGUGGCCAAGCUCGUUUUCGACAUGGCAACCAGUGCUGCCUCGUUGCUGUCCGAGGCCAAAAAGAUCAUCGAAAUGGCAAGGCAGGAGAAGGGUGACGGAAUAGUCGCCGCCUACGAAAAUGCCGAGCAGAAGGUGACUCUGGCCUUGGCCCAGGCAUACAAGGCCUUGUCAGCGGCAAAGGAUGCCGGACUCGUUGAUCCUACAGCCAUUGCCCUGAUUGAGAAGCACGCCCUGCUGGCCAAGCUAUUGGCUCAUCGUGCCAUCACCAUGAAGAAGGAGAUUGUGAAGCUCCUUGCCGAUCUCAAGGGGAACAAUUGAGUUUUUGUCAGCAGCCGGGCGUUGUUAUUUAAAUGUAGUUCAACUUUAUGUUCGAACCGUUUUCAUUAAAUUUGCUGUUG